UCUGUCGUCAGUCCGUAUCCGACCGUUUCCUUUCGUCGCAUCCCUCGGCUAUACCUAUUUUGUUAUUGACUGGGAUUAAAGCAGAGAGCUAUCUGAUUUGCCGGAGCGCAUGUCCCUGCUGGCCUGGUGCUAGAAAAUUCCCGUUGCGGUUGAUUGAUCCCGGAUGGACCAUUCCGUCCCGCUAAACCAUCGGCAUUCUGCACGCACAGUUCCGUAUUGCAGAAGGAAUAAAUGGACCACAAGAUGGGCAAUAAAAAGGAAGCAGGAGUUUAAUCAUCGCGCAGAAUCUUUCCUCUUGCCGUACGAAUUUGCAUUCAGAACCAAUGAUGGAUGACCGGAUAUGUCAAGUCUGGGUCUGGUUCUCGCCGGUGGAUCGACCAACGCAUUUGGACGAAUGAUGGAGAAUUCUAGAGACAUUGACCCUGAGAAUGGGCGUCAUUCUCGUCCCUGGCCCCGGGACGUCGACGCCACGGCGCCACGGAUGGAGAUGAUGGUUCGGUGCAGAAGUCGGAGGCAAAUUGAAGAGACGGGAGGACAAAGAAAGACUGCAUAUUCUUCUCUUCUGCUCUCCUCAUGCACCCGACUUGAUCAGAUUCCUUUCUUCAUUAGUCCCGCUUCUAGCGGUGAAGCGUCUACUUCUCCAAUUUCCAUUCUUUCGUUCUAUCCAAUCGCUCUCUGAUAGAGGCACUGGCACAUCGACCGUGUGCAUCUGCAUUGCUACUUGUCCGGCGUGCACUACGCUGCUUUGCUCCAUUCUUUGGCAAGCAGAGUACCCGCUGGCCAACUCAUCGAAAGAGGCCUGAACAAAUCAGUAAUUAGAAAGGAAUUGAGUUUCCAUCCACUUUACCCCAUGAUUCAGUUGAUCCUCUCCGUAGUCCGUUCUUCCGCUCUCGC